AUGUCGCGCAAGGACGAUCCCAAGGCCCAUGAUGGCCAAGUCACUGUCAAUGUUGAGGACUUUACCCGGACCCGUGAAAGUGUGAGUUAUCUUUUGUGUUUCAAGCUGCUGCUGCAGCAGUUUGCCCCCCGAAAACUGGUGGUGUUGCAGCGUACCAUGGCCGCCCACCCCAGCACUUGCCCACGCGUCACUUCGUGCGGCCUUUCCGGCCCUCCGCCAGGCGCCCCUAUCCUCGUCCUCCCGGGCUUUGGCGCGUACCCAAACCUGCUCACAGUCACAUACCAUAUUGCUGUUCUUGUCAGCUUGUCUAAUCUGCAGGCGGCUGUCUCCGAUCUGACUCGCGCCUAUAUCAACCAUACCAACACUGUGUUGAACCCUAGUCUCUCUACGCUGGACUUGGGCAACUUCAACAACAUCACUGCCGCACUCUUGGAGAAUGGAUUGCUGGGUGCGCGCUCCAGCAGCCCUGGCGCCAAGUCUGAGGUUGGCGAUAAGAAGAAGCGCAAGCGCGCUCCUCCUGACCCGAACGCCCCCAAGCGUGCCCUGACCCCCUACUUCCUGUACAUGCAACAUAACCGCCCCCUCAUUGCGCAGGAAUUGGGCCCCAGCGCUAGGCCCAAGGAUGUCUCCGACGAGGGCACUCGUCGCUGGGCUGAGAUGCCCGAGGCGCAGAAGGAGGUCUGGAAGAAGCUUUAUGCCGAUAACCUGGCCGUCUACAAGGAAAAAGUCAAGGCCUACAAGGCUGGUCUGCCCUGGUCCGAGGAUGACAACACCAAGGCGGCCAGCCAGCUCCAGCAGGACAUUGCUGGCGCAUCUGCCUCUGGUGACGAGUCCGAGGAGGAGCAGGAGGAAGAAGCGGACGAGGAAGAGGAGACAGAAGAGUCCUCUCCGGAGCCGGUCAAGGAGCCCACUCCGCCUCGUAGCAACAAGCGCCGCCGCAGCGAGGUGAAGACUCCAUCUAAGAAGAAUGAAUCCCCCGAGAAGAAGAAGCGCACCUCUGCGCGCAAGGGAAAUGAAAAGGACAAGGAGGAGGAGCAACCCGCUUCGACUCGCAAGGCUGCUGGCGCCGACGCCAAGCGCUCCAAGAAGAAGCGCAAGAGCGAGGUUGGCGCUGAUGAGUAA